AUGGGGAAAACACCAUGCUGUGAUAAACAUGGAGUGAGAAGAGGUGCUUGGACUCCUGAAGAAGAUGAAGCAUUGAUUGAAUACAUUAAGAAACAUGGCCAUGGAAGUUGGAGAACAGUUCCAAAGCAAGCAGGUCUCCUGAGAUGUGGCAAAAGCUGUCGUCUAAGGUGGAUAAAUUACCUUCGCCCUGACAUAAAACGUGGUCCAUUUACAACUGAAGAAGAGGGUACAAUUAUUCAGCUUCAUGGCAUGCUUGGAAACAGGUGGGCUGCUAUAGCAUCCCAUCUUCCAGGAAGAACAGAUAAUGAAAUCAAGAACUUUUGGAACACGCAACUGAAGAAGCGCCUGCCUCGAUCCUCCUUCGUGCCUGAUCAUAACAAUGUUAAAUCUGAGUCUCCUUCUACGCGCCAUAUGGUGCAAUGGGAAAGUGCAAGAGUUGAAGCUGAGGCAAGGUUGUCAAUGGAAUCCUCAUUGCAUAAUUCAUUCUCAGCAAGUGAAUCAUACCAGGAUCACUUUCUCCAACUCUGGCAUUCUGAGGUUGGACAGUCUUUUCGCGUGAUCAAGGCGAAAGAAGAAGGAGCAGUUGUGACUCAGAACCUUGUGUCACAAGCAUCAUUAUCUUCGUCCAAAUUGGAGUCGAGUUCUGAAGUUUCAUUGAAGCUGAAGAACACAGAAAGCAGUUUCUUUGCUGACAUUACACAUGAACAACAAAAAAGUAGCUCUAAGGCAAAGCUUGAAGAUGGUGGCACGGCCGAGUCGAGUUUAGGCUAUUAUGAAUUUCUUGAUACUUCUGAUUCUUCAAUAAAUCAUCUGCUAGAUGUGCCUGAUGGUGAAGUGUUGUUCUUAGGACAGAAUGACAAUUUCCUCAAUACCCUUGAUGGUAGAUGUGAGUAA